AUGAAGGAUUUCAAAAAAGAUAUAAACGACUUCAAAAAAGAUAUGAAGGACUUCAAAGAAGAUGUUAAAGAUGUGAAAAAGACAGUAACGGUUAUAGAAACCAAAAUGAACGCUGUUGAAACCAGAAUGAGCUUACAGGAAUCAAAGCUGAAAAAUCUUCCUUUAAUGACUGUAAAGGAAAUUCCUGGUGAAUUUCUCGUUGAUAAUGGAAUUCUAUAUUGUAAUUUUUGCGAUCAUUCCAUUGACUGGAUGCGAAAAUCAACAGUUGAUGACCAUCUUAAUAUUAUAACGCACAAAAAUAAAAAACGGCUAUUUGAAAAUAAAAAACACUGGCAGCAACAAACAAUUGAUACAACUUUAUCUUCUUCUGAAUCAAAAAAAGCUAUAAUUCAUGAUUUGAUUGAAGCUUUUACUAUAACAGAUAUCCCUUUAGAAAAAGUUAACUUCUUACUUGUAUUUUUUAAGACAUAA